CCCUUUCCGACGAAAGCUACUCGUAUGAAGUAUGAUGACCUUGAAAUUUGCACAGAUUCGGAAUACCAUAUGUACAUUUAAACAAACAGAGUCGGCGGGAUUAACCGAACAAAAAGUUAUGAUAUCAUGUCAAGGAACCGUUGACUUCAAUAACUCGAAUUAUAUUGUCGGGAGAGUUUCAGUAUCCUGUGCUAACCAUAUGGAUCUACAUCUGUCUCUAUAUAUUAUAAAUAUGCAUGUGCUACAAGCUAGCUACAUAAAACAUAUAUAAUGAAUUAAUACACCUGAUCCACAGCCCCCCAACUUUUGAAAGAAACAGCGUAUCGAUAUCAUGGUGAUGAAGAUAUAUAGAGAGGGGAGAAUGAUGGUACUGGUUGUGGCUGCCUUUAUACUGAUACUACUACUGCCAGCCCUGCAGCAGACUGCUCGGUCCCAAACCAGCGUUGAGCGGUCCGACCACUGGUGCGGCCAGUAUUCAGACGGAUCAUGGGCUUAUUGCGACCCGGGACGCUGCUGUAGUGUUUAUCAUGGCUGCGGCAGCACCGGCGAGUACUGCAGCAGUUUUACUUGCUGGUUCAGCUGUGCCGCUCCUACUCCUCCUCCUUUUCUUGGUCACCAACCACCGGAAAGACCUGGAGUGGUAGUAGUACGAACACGCCAUGUCGUUUAUGCUACUCAUAUUAAUAACCACUCUUUGAACGUUGAUGAUGGUGGUGGUGGUGAUGAUCAGCUCGUCAAUGUAGCGCCCGCCAAUAAUGCUUCUUCUUCGUCGUCGGCGUCGCCGCCGUUAUCAUGUGCGACUUCUCUCUCCCGGCUGCCUCUAGCUUCUCGUCACAAGUAUCCUUUCGCUGCUCUACGUGCCCCGCAGAGUCAAAACAUUAAUGUUACUACUACUCGCUGCGGGCGCUGCUUGAAGGUAACGAAUGUUGGUGUUAGAGGACUUCCUAAUCACGUGAAGGUUCGUAUUGUUCACGAGCAUAACAAUGAAGGACUUGAAUUGGAUCUCGAUGCUUUCAAUAAACUCGAUACAGAUGGCAAUGGAAUUACUAAAGGUCAUCUUUUGGUGAAGUAUCAGUUUGAGAACUGUUGAAGGCUACGUAUAUCCGCUACUCAUAACACCAAAAGCCAAUGACGAAUCUCUAUAUACAAUAAAAGUCGAUGAAUCUGUACUACAUAGGUCUACGUUUAUAGUUUAAUUAUCUGGUUUUUCGACACGUUUACUUAAUUGCCUGGUUCUAAUCUCUAUAAACCAUAUAUGGUUCAAAAAGACACGCUUAACCUUGCGCUUAGGCACGCCUAGGCGUAAGGCAAUGACAAAAUGCCUCGUCUAGGGGUUUCGCGCCUAGCUGGAUACUGGAACACAUCAAUGGAGUAAGGCGACAUAUAAGUCUCUCCUAAACAUAACUGGAUGGAUCUGGGAAGUCAAUAUUAAAGGAGAAAAUUAACAACAACUACGAAAUCAAUUUUCUAUAUCAAUAUUUUCAAUAACUCAAGAACUUUGUGAAUUGUUAAUAUAUUAUUCUAUGAAUU